CUGUUCGGCUUGUGGAGUGGCGAACUCCGCUCGGUUGUUUUUUGUCCGCGCCUGAACAGGGGAGCUCUGUUUUCCGUCGGCAUCGGGAGCACGGAGGAGCGGAAGAUGAAGAGGAAGGCGGCCGGCGUCCCGUGUCUGUUGGCGGCGGCGGUGGUCCUCUGCCUGAGCUCUCUCGCCGGCGCGGCGGGAGUAGCGGGGCAGAAGCGGCUGCAGUUCGGGGAGAACGGGGAAUUCAAGAUACUGCAGGUGGCGGACAUGCACUACGGGGACGGCAAGGCCACGCCCUGCGAGGACGUCCUGUCGUCCCAGAUGGCGGGCUGCUCCGACCUCAACACCACCGCCUUCGUCCACCGGAUGAUCCAGGCGGAGAAGCCCGACCUCGUCGUGUUCACGGGGGAUAAUAUAUUUGGCUUCGAUGCGACUGAUGCUGCAAAAUCUUUGGAAUAUGCAUUUGCCCCCGCCGUGUCCUCAAGCAUACCAUGGGCUGCCAUAUUGGGAAACCACGACCAAGAGUCCACCUUGUCAAGAGAAGGGGUUAUGAAACACAUAGUUACCCUCGAGCACACUUUGUCUCAGGUCAAUCCUACCGGGAUUGAAAUUGAUGGUUUUGGGAAUUACAACUUGGAGGUCCAUGGAGUUGAAGGCUCUGGUUUUGAAAACAAAUCAGUCCUGAAUCUCUAUUUCCUUGAUAGUGGAGAUUAUUCGACAGUUCCGUCAAUCCUCGGUUACGAUUGGAUCAAACCCACUCAGCAAGUUUGGUUUCAACACACAUCUAAGAAGCUUCGGAGAGCAUAUACGAGUAAGCACCGGAAAGCACCUGCACCAGGGCUUGUUUACUUCCAUAUUCCAUUGCCCGAGUUUGCUAGUUUUGAUUCAUCAAAUUUUACUGGUGUAAAACAAGAAGGCAUCAGCUCUGCUUCUGUAAACUCGGGCUUCUUUGCAACUAUGGUAGAAGCAGGUGAUGUUAAAGCUGUUUUCACGGGCCAUGAUCACCUUAAUGAUUUUUGUGGUGAAUUAACUGGUAUAGAGCUUUGUUAUGCUGGGGGUUUUGGAUACCAUGCCUAUGGGAAGGCUGGAUGGGCAAGGAGGGCAAGGGUGGUCUUGGCAACGUUAGAGAAAACAGACAAGGCAACAUGGGGUCCUGUGAAGUCAAUUAAAACAUGGAAGCGCCUUGAUGAUCGACACCUUACUGCAAUUGAUGGUCAAGUACUUUGGAGCAAGAGAACUAAAGGAACUCGCAGAAAGAAGCAGAUCGGUGGUGCUUGAACAGAACUAUGGGAAGAGAUCUACUUGUAUGCUGGAAUAAUCGCGGAGCACCUUAUUUUCGCAAGCCUAAUUGCUUGCAACUUUAUACCCCAGGGAGGAGUACUAUUUGUGUUGAGGAAAGGAGGUAGAUUGAUGCUGCUGUAAGGGGAUUCUUGUUCAUCUGUUCUUAUAUUCUGCCUAGAUAAGAAUCCAAUAAAACAUAUAAAUGUAAAAGUUGAACAGUAUUAGCAGAUUAUAGGAUCUCGUUGAAUAAAAUCCACUUAUAUUUUGGUCAUAUUUGUACACAAGUUUCUAUCUAAAGGAUUGUCUUUGUCCUGAGUA